CUUCAACAGUCACCGGAUGUAAAUGAUUCUGGAUAAGGCAUCAAUCCACAUUUCGAAAAUGCGGCCAAGAGUUAGGUACACGUCAUGUUAGUAAGAUCCUUAAAGAAGAUAGAAAGACUAGAGCGGGUCCUGGCUCCAUGGUAUCUGUAAACUUUCGCAAUGACUUCUCGCUGUGUAAGGCCGGUGCCCCCGGAUUUCCCCCCUAUGACAGGUUGUGUAUAUCGUUCAGCAGACAUAACACCUUCUUACAGAACAACGAAUGAAUCUGAUGACGAUGCUGAGCCAGAGGAGGAAGGAGUAAAUGUCGAACCUGGAAUGCUGGUGGAAAGCAAGGAUCUUUAUCGCUCUGACCCGCGUGCUGAAUGGGCUGUGUGGGCACCCGAUGAUAUUGGAAUCGAUUCAAAGGAGACGAAAGCUUCAGCCAAGUUCGCACUGAUCGUAAAGCGCGAAAAAAUACAGGAAGAUGAUGGCUCGUCAGCACUCAAGGUCCACUCCGUUCAGGUACAAAGCCCUCUCAUCAAAGACUCGUUAGGCCCUGUUUUUGCGGGCUACCCAGGAAUCAAGACCAGUCUCAAGAGGCUCAGGUUUGCUGCACCGUUUCGAGAGUUCUUUUACAGAUGGACGGAAUUCGUACAAGCCUCAAGAGACUCACGACAAGAUGAAACAAAAGCCGCACACUUCAAACUUCUGUUUGACAUUAUCUCUACCGAAAUCCAGCCUCAAAUCGAAGAAGUCAAAGACCUGGUGGCAAAUGAAGUCAUCAAUUUCACUUACCUCUGGGCAAUAUUCGAACCUGAUAUGGAAGUAUACUCCCUUGUUGAUGGACAGCAUCGACUUUACCGCAUGAAAAGUGCGACUUACGUCGACACACCUAGCGGCAAAAAACUCUUCCAAUUGAGUUGUCAGUUUGUCGAUACAGAUGGCAUCGACUUCGGAUACAAUUCUACGACUCUCUCAAUUCGCGAGUUCGCCGAUGUCGUUUCUAUUGUGAAUCUGACUAUUGUUCCCGCACAUAUCAAACCAGGCAUCGACUCUAUCCGCACCCAACUCACGCAGCGGGGAAAGAGAUUCGAAAAUUUGAAGGGCUGCCAUUACAAGGCCUACUCUGGAGACCAAAUUCUAGCUAACCCUUCUCCGUACAUCUCACAGAAAGUGAAUCUCCGCAACGGUCGUAUCAUGAUCGACAAUGCUAUGUAUGAUCGGUACAACAAAGGAAAUGAGAAAUCUCUUCAACCACUGAACAGCCCGAACUCUGCAAGACCAAACGGGUCUUCGGGAAUUGGCUUUGACGUCUUUGAUGCAUUUGAUCUUAGCUAUCAAUACGCCCCACCUGUCUACAAUGCCAUGAGACAGAGUAUGCAGCGAGCCAAGCACCAAGAGGCUCAGAUGCAAUUUCAAGCUAAACAUGAUUCGGGAACCAGUCUUGCUGAAGAACACUAUGCGUUCUGCACAUCGAUGGUUCGCGGCUUCUGUUUGACAUCAAAGAAAUGGGUAUCAGUCUACGUUGACAAAGUUGCUGAAAUCUCAUGGAACGAGGAGGCAUUCGAGCGUCUGGUACUUCCUCAUGACAACAAACGCUUGAUCAAAGCAUUUGUCCAAACGCAACUGAAUUCGGAAGAUGCAUUUGACGAUGUCAUGAGUGGAAAAGGCCAGGGUAUCAUCAUGCUGCUCAGCGGCGAACCUGGAACAGGUAAAACCCUCACUGCCGAGUCAGUUGCUGAAGUGAUGCGCAGCCCCCUAUACUCAAUAGGUGCAGGUGAACUCGGCGAGACUGCUGAUGAAGUCGAGAACAAUCUGCGUCGAGUCCUCGAGGUAUCCACAAAAUGGGGCGCUGUGCUCCUCCUCGAUGAGUGCGAUGUCUUCCUCGAACGGCGCUCAGCCAAGUCCAUUCAGCGCAACAAAUUAGUCUCUGUCUUUCUGCGCCUGCUGGAGUACUACCAAGGCGUCAUGUUCUUGACGACGAACCGCAUGGAAGCACAUGAUCCAGCGUUCGAGUCUCGCAUUCAUCUCACGAUCCAGUUCCCGAAACUGAGUUUCGACUCGAGGCUGCAUAUCUGGAAGACAUUUGUGCGACCGAAACAGUCAGAGUCAAAGUACGCAAGCAACAUUGACGACGAAGAGUUGGAACACCUUGCGAAGUUGGAUUUGAAUGGUCGUCAGAUCAAGAAUGUGGUGAAGACGGCGAGACUCUUAGCUGCAAGUGAGAAAACAUCCUUGGAGAUGGAUCACAUUGACGCAGUGUUGAUGGUCAAAUAGUAGCUCAUGAACAGGCCUGCAGUACUAACGUGAUUGUCGAGCAUGGCCCCAUUUUUUGGUUGGCUGGAUACAUGUCAGCGAACACUGUACAUCAUAUCUUUCACAAUGCAACAGAGUACUACACGACCUUUUGUUUUUUGAUCCUUAGCGAGUCCGGGUAGUCACAACGUCCCAUCCU